AUGUGGAUCGUCAACUGGUUCUACGAUAUUCUGGCCUCGCUGGGCCUCCUGAACAAGCACGCUAAGCUUUUGUUCCUCGGUCUCGACAAUGCGGGCAAGACGACCCUGCUGCACAUGUUGAAGAACGACCGUGUCGCCGUUCUGUCGCCCACCGCUCACCCAACCUCGGAGGAGCUGGCCAUCGGUAACAACCGCUUCACGACCUUCGAUCUGGGUGGUCACCAGCAGGCCCGCCGUCUGUGGAAGGACUACUUCCCCGAGGUCAGCGGCAUCGUCUUCCUGGUUGAUGCCAAGGACAUCGAGCGUUUCCCCGAGUCCAAGGCCGAGCUGGACGCCCUGCUCGCCAUGGAGGAUCUCGCCAAGGUCCCCUUCCUGGUGCUCGGUAACAAGAUCGAUCACCCCGAUGCCGUCUCUGAGGAUGAGCUGCGUCACCAGCUCGGUCUGUACCAGACUACCGGUAAGGGCAAGGUCCCUCUCGAGGGUAUCCGGCCCAUUGAGCUGUUCAUGUGCAGUGUUGUCAUGCGUCAAGGAUACGGCGAGGGUAUCCGCUGGCUGUCUCAAUACGUCUAA